AUGUCAGACCCCGUAUAUUCGAUGUUCCUCAAGAUGGCCUCAUCUGACAUAAUGUUUGAAGCAUACAGCAUCAUGCCAGGUCCUCCACAUAACCCUGGCACUCCACAGCUUGCUCCAAAUGCUGCCAUAACCAGUCACCUGCCUCACAAGCGCUCCGAUGAUAGCGGCCAGCCGCCGGCCAAGAGGCCUUGUAUCCCCUUCACGGUUGGGUCAGCUACGGGAGUCCCUAUCGGUAUUGGUGUGGCGGCUACGACUCCUGCUAUGAUGGACCAGAAUCAUCACAUAGCUACUCCGACUGUGUCAAGAGGGCAGGUUCCCAAUUAUAGUAGCACAACAGUUACAGCUCCUGCUAUGAGGGAAGAGAAUUAUCAAAUCACAUCCCCGGCUGUGUCAGCAGGGCACGUUCCCAAUGGUAGUGGCAAAAUAUCCACGGCUCCUGCUACGACGGAACGGAGUCAUUGCAUAGUCUACACAGCUGUCUCAGCAGGGCGAGUACCCAGUAGUUGUGGCAGGUUAGCUGUGGCUCCUACUGCUAAGAACCAGAGUCCUCCAAUGGCCCCCACGGCGGCUGUGCCAGCAGGACGAGCCCCCAACGGCGGUGACAGUUCAGUCGCGGCCGUUGCUAUGAAGAAGAUUGUAGUUUACACCACGGAGUCAGUAGGGAACUUCAUCAACGGCAGUGCCAACUCAGCCAUAACCCCUGUGACGCAGAAAGAAAACACAGCACCUACUAUUCGAUGUGCCCCUGUGGAAAGCCCUGCCCCUAACAGUCUUUCCGCCGCUCUAAGUGCCAGCGGCAAAGCGCCUACUCCCCGGGGGGUGGCCCCACCUAGGAACGCUGCUCCGACGCUGAAGACGUUCCCCCCCUCUGGCACAGCCGGUGGUAAAGCACUUGUUGAAACGCCCAUCAAACGAGAGAGUGUUGUGCACACCUCUGGUAUGCGGCCGGAGAUGAAUGUAGGCAGUAAUAAGGCUGCCAUAUCUAUAAACCGAGGUCUGCAAUACAAUUACACGCCUUGCACCUCGGAGGAGAUGGAGAAGGCAAUGGAACCUCUUCGGCCUGUCGUUACUGUCAGCGACGCUUGGAUGCUGGAAGCCUUUCCAUCAAUGCAAUCUCGUCCCCCUGCUCAUUUUCGCGGGGAGCGAUCCGACACCAUACGCAGUGCGGCAAGAGCUACGAAUAAUAUCGCACCGUUUAGUGCACCUGAUCCCGGCUUUUAUAGUUCCACAAGCCAGAUAGCGAACGGCCCCAUUAACAGUGCCCCCUCACUGCCUGAGGGAGUGAAUACCGCCCCCUAUGAUUCCAUAUGUCAGGCAGUGAACGGCACCACUAACACUACCCCCUCACCGCCUGUGGCAAUCGAUACCGCCUUUAUUGGCUCUAUAUCCCGAAUAGCAAAGGCCGCAAGUAACAGUGCACCCUUCAUACCUCCGGCGCAGACUGCAGCCACUACCCUCAGGCACCAGCAAGCAGACGCGGCGAGUCAGACACCCCACUCUCUAGAGACUGGCUCCACACCUAUUGUCACCAGACCUCAUACAGCAAACGCCGCGAACAACACUUCUCCGCCGCCCCCUGAUCCAGCAGCAAGCGCUAUCACAACAUCUUUGACGGUAGAUGCCGCCGCAAACACCACCUCUCCGCCUACAUGCACUAGUGCAACCAUUAGUACCCAGACCCCUACACUUCAGACAUCAAACGCCGCCACCAAUACCGCCGCCGUCACAAUAAUUGAGAUCGAAGGACAUGUAUACAAUGUACCCGCCGACCCAGUGCAGUUCUUCCAUGUCAUGCGGCGGGAGAUUCUGGCCUCGUAUAGGGCCUUGAUGGAUAAGUCGGGGACGCUGCGGGAUUUUCAUAUGGUUUGGAGUAGCGCGAAGAAGAGAGCACCGGAGGAGAUAGAGGGGGGGGAGUUGGAAGAGGUGAUAGUGAUGGGUGAGAGAAAGGUGAGCAAGAGACGGAGGGUGGAGGUUGGCACUGGGAAUGAGAAGUGUGGGGGUGGGGUUAGUGGAAGUGGUCGGGAUGAGGACUUUUGUGCGCCGAAGGAUUAG